CGGGAUUCAGAGUGCAUGGAUUGAAAUGUGACCCAUGGGGGCGAAAGGAGGGUUUGUGGGGUUAUAAUGGAUUCAGCUUUGAUUAAGCAGCUCUUCAAACCAGAGGGUUCCAGACAGAGGCUUUUGAGGGCUGGACAGUCACUAAGUGAAAUCCAUUUUGUCACGUCCUUAGCUGAACUCCCUCAAAAAUGCAAAACAUAUCAUCGAGUACAUGAAGAUAAAUUUAUGAGACUUACUGAAGAAUGACAUCCACUGUAAGUACCAGCUAUACCUUGAUUCCCAACCAGAAAUACAGACGUAGUAACCGUCGCUCCAGACGGUUUUGCAAGAUCCUGGACAUUGAUUCCCAAUCUCUGUCAACACUGGGAGAUUUUAAAGCACUGCCAAUAGAGAUCUUUCAAAUGGUCUUGGAACAUCUUUCAGUGAAAGAUAUCAGCAUGCUAAGCAUGGUGUCGAAAACCAUCAGCAGCCGCCUUAUUAAUUACAUCUCAACCCCAUCAGGAAACAGAAGGCUUUUACAGAAAGACUUUCAUAACCUUGAGCUAUCUGGCAAGAGACAAGGAUCCUGUAUUUUAGAGCACUACAGAGCUCUAGGUUUAUUGCUUAAAAGGUGCACACUACUGCUGCCCACAAAAGACAGACUUAAAUAUAUACACAACAUACUCUCAGAAGUUUCCUGUUUUAAACUUAAUGGUUGUCCAAAUCCUUUGCAUUGCUUAGGAUUACAGUGUUAUGGGGUAUUUCUACAGACGCUAACAGCAGGCUGGGAUGAGCUAGAGUGCCAUCGGGUUUUCAACUUCCUCUGUGAGCUGAGCAAUCUACCCCGUAAAAUGCAGACAGUUGUCAGCAGCAAGCCAGGAAGUGCCCGAAAGCUGGAGUUGCGGAUACGGCUAUAUUGUCGCAGUGUCCUGCUGUACCACUGGAUUCAUCGAAGUGAUUCUGCAUUUUGGCUGACUCGUAUCUUAAAACCAUGGCCAAUGGUUAAUCAAGCUCGGUUACUAUACAUCAUUUUUGGGCCAGUCUCUUCUCUAGAUGGACACGUGGUCUGGCAGAAAAUGAUAGAAGGACCAACAGACGAAACCAGUUUAAAGGGUCUUGCUGAUGCCAUUAAACUCCUGUAUGACACAGAAGCUAAAGAGUGGACUGCAGAUGAUGUUAUCAGUCUUGUGGAUGAAUUGUCAGUGGUUCCCCGGGAAUGGCUUAUGGAAAAUAAUGCUCGUCUCCUUAUCCUGAGUGGGAACAACAUCUGUUUCACCUUCAUGGCCAGUAAAGCUGUGAAUGGGCGGGCUGUUGAGCUGGCCAGGCUAAUGGUCUUUCUAGCUUUGGUCUGUGAGAAGGACCUGUACUGUAUGGACUGGACAGUAAAAAUGAUGCAGAAGGUCUGCCAAGUUUUCAGCACUCCAGGAGAGAAGAAUAAUUUCCUGCAGAGUGUUGAGAAUGCGUUUGCUCACCUGGUCAUGGAUAUGCUACAGUCUGUAAUGUCUGGAGAUCGUGAUGAAGAAGACAGCAGUUUUUUGAAUCUGUUUCAUCUUGUGAAUGCACAAGCUAACUUCCAUAAAGAAAUCUUGUACCUGACCUUGAGAAGCACCUCCACCUAGCUAAGACUUUUAGAGAAAGGUGACCUACUUCCUUCCCCCAUUUUUUUUCUCGCACAUGCAAAACAAUGUUAAUCUACCUUUUAAGUUUGCUCUCCAGGAGGCUGACUGGAGAUGCUAGCAGAAUACAUAUCAGAAGAAUUAUAAAAAAAAACUUCUGGAAAGUACUGUGGUAUCUCAAAGACACUGUAGCAUGGCCCUGUACAAAUUUCUCUGUGGCUUUGUGUCACAAUUGCUGAGGAGACAAUAUAUGGCAUUCCAUGAUUCAACUGCUGAGUAUGGGAAUAUACACUGCGUUCUUUUCCCACUGUGUGUGUGUUUGCAUACAAAAUAAAAAAUGACAUGGUUUUCAUAUUUCAUGCACAUCUACAAUUAAAGAAUGUUAUCUUAGAU